UACCCGCAUUUUAGAAUAAGGCUGUAAUGUAACAACAUUUGGGAAAAGUCAAGGUGUCUGAAUAGUUUCCGGAUGCACUGUAAACAGAGUUUGUACUGUAUUUGGUAUUACACUUACUGGAGUUUCUCACAGGCUUUGAUAAAGCACCUACGAAUAAGCUACCAGUACGGAAAGUGCCUCUGGCUGCUGGUAAGCUUUCUUAACUUAGACAUAAGUGUUUCCCAACACAUGUCUAACUUUUGUAAAACAGCUGCUCUUAUUGAAAAUGUGUUCGGAGUUACCUUUGUAGCUAAUAGGCUAUGUUAGAGUUUACACUUCCUCUUCCAAUUAUGUGUGGAGGUCAUAGUAAAGUGGGGUGGGGGUGUCCAGGCAAGGAAAGACUUGGGGGAUUAGAUUGUUUUCUUUCAGUUGGGUUGGCAAUUCCUCUGAAUACUUUAUCUUUUCCUUUUCCAUAUGCUCUCUCUCUAUCUUAAUACUGUUUAAAACAGAGCUGGAGUCAACGUCCAUAUUUGAUUCCUGUCAUGUUAAGUGCUCUGACAGAGUCUGUGUCUGAAGUGGGCCCGUCUACCUUUGUCAUUAUAUAGUAUAGACUGAGGGAGUGUUUGACCAGCUGUUAAAAUACAACUUCUCUCUUCUCCCCCUCUCCAACACCUCCUCCCACCCCAGGUUCCCUCUCUCUCCCUUCAUCAUGUCGUUUCUGUCCUGGGUGCGGUCCCCCAAGCUCACCUUCUUCCAGACGCUAGUGUCUCUGGUCCUGGGGGCCAUGGCCCUCUUGUCGUCCUACUGGUGUGAGGGCAGUCAGAAGGUCCCCAAGCCCCUCUGCUCGGCCAACAAACUGACCAAAUGCAUACCUGUGCCCGGGGUCUCGCAUAACUCCACCUCCAUCCAGUUCUCCUGGGAGACGGGGGACGACCGAUUCGUCUUCCCUGCCUUCCAUGCAGGCAUGUGGAUGAGCUGUGAGGAGAACAUCUACACUGAUGCCUGGGAGGAAAAGUGUCGCAGUUUUCUUUCUUUAACUCCAGGGGGUGAAAAAGGAAUGUUGUGGUUGUCGGUGUCAAUGGAGCUCAUGUAUGUUGGGCUGCUGUGUAUCAGCUGUGUGCUGCUGUCUCUUCAGUUGUGUCUGGAUGCCUUUUGGCCCUCACAGAUCUGGGGACAGCUCCUCAAUGCCUACUCUGCAGUCUUCACUAUAUUAGGAGGGUUACUGGGAAUGGUGGCUCACAUGAUGUUCAUGCAGGUGUUCCAGACUACUGCCUCUAUGGGUCCAGAGGACUUCAAACCACACAGCUAUGGCUACUCCUGGGGCUUUUAUGUGGCAUGGCUGGCCUUUACCUGCUGCAUGUUGUCAGGAGUCUCCACCCUCAACAACUACACCAAGAAGACUGUAAUGGAGCGUAGGCGCAAAGCCCGCCUGUACCCCCCUCGGUUCCCUGACAUAGAGCCCCUGCUAGCCCCGGCCCCCUACUACUGCCCUCCGCCACCUCACCCCUGUAUGUCCCCACCAUCCCCAGAACUCUCACCCCUGUCACCCUACUAUGACUCCCCUUCGCCACCCCCAACCUCAUCACCCCGUCCUCUCACCCACUCCCUCUCCCUCCCCCACUGCUACACACUCCCCCACCCUGAAUACUUCCCACCUCCCCCGUCCCACCCUGCUCCCCUGUCCCCCUAUCACCGCCACUCCCUCCCCUCUCCCUCCAUCACUCUACCCCUGUCCGUCCACAGUUACACACCCCAGUACUACUCAGAGGACAGGGGCAGAGAGAUGGAGGAAGAGGGGAGGGAGUACUCAGAUGAGGAGUACAGCCCACUUUGACUGUAUGUGUGUGAUACUUACCUAUGAGCCAACAUACAUUUGGAUUUUGACAGAGCAAAUCAGUGUGAAGUAGUCUGAAGCUCUCUGUCUAAACUUGUAUGCAUGCUGUAAAUAAAACUUUGUGAAAAUG